UGUUUGUUUCCUUUCGCCUGUCCAAACAGCUCGAGGACCACCCAUCCCAGCUGCGACGCGACAAACACCCACGCUGCCACCAUGAGUUUGGUGGGGAACUUCACCUCCAACGGGGACAACCAGGCCCAGCAUCAUGUUCCACCCCGUGAUGCCGCCCCUGGCACAGGUCACGCCGGCUCCGACACCUCGGAAGCUUCCACUAUUGCUGCCAACCAGGACGGCACUAGGCUGACUCCCGGGAACACAAACACAAACAACAACAACAACCCAAAAGACAUCACUAACCAAAACUCCGAAGCCGUGAGCCUGGACAGCUCCGACAGCAAUGGCCGCAGAGAGAGCGUCGUCCACCAAUUGGCCAGACGUUACACCGAGCAGAGCGUCUAUUCCACCACACAUCAAAACCCCUUCCACGCCCAAGCUGGAUCUGCCCUGGACCCCCACGGCGAUCACUUCAAUGCCCGGGCCUGGGCAAAGGCCAUGCUCAACACACAGCUCGAGGACCCCAACGCCCCUCCACCCAGGACUGCCGGUGUUUCUUUCCGCAACCUCAAUGUUCACGGCUUCGGCAGUGACACGGAUUACCAGAAGAGUGUUGGCAACGUAUGGCUGGAAGGUGCCGGUUUGGCCAAAAAGGUCAUGGGAAACAAGGGCCGCAAGAUCGAGAUCUUGAAAGAUAUCGAGGGCUUGGUGGAGGCCGGAGAGAUGUUGGUCGUGCUUGGACCUCCCGGAUCUGGAUGUUCCACUUUCCUAAAGACUCUGGCAGGCGAGACCCAUGGCUUCUUUGUCGACCAAAACUCCGUCAUGAACUACCAGGGUAUCAGUCCUCAGCAGAUGGCCAAAGAUUUCCGGGGAGAAGCAAUUUACACAGCCGAAGUUGACGUUCACUUCCCCAUGUUGACCGUCGGCGAGACUCUGUACUUUGCUGCCCGAGCACGUGCCCCACGCCAUAUUCCGGGAGGUGCCACCAUUACACAAUACGGCGAGCACAAGCGGGAUGUUAUCAUGGCCAUGUUUGGCAUCUCCCACACCGUCAACACCAAAGUGGGAAAUGAUUUCAUCCGCGGCGUAUCGGGAGGUGAGCGCAAGCGUGUUACCAUUGCCGAAGCUGCUUUGAGUGGCGCUCCUCUACAAUGCUGGGACAACAGUACGCGAGGUUUGGACAGUGCCAACGCUAUCGAAUUCUGCAAAACCCUCCGCAUGGAAACAGAAAUCAACGGUGCCACCGCCUGUGUUGCCAUCUACCAGGCACCUCAGUCGGCUGUCGACGUCUUCAACAAAGCACUCGUCCUGUACGAGGGUCGCCAAAUCUUCUUCGGCCCUGUAACAGCCGCCAAGCAAUACUUCGUGGAUAUGGGUUUCGACUGUCCAGACCGACAGACCGACGCCGAUUUCCUCACCUCCAUGACCAGUCCCCUGGAGCGUAUCGUCCGUCCUGGAUGGGAAGAUCGCGUGCCGCGUACUCCCGACGAGUUUGCCCAGCGGUGGAAGGACUCAGCCGAACGCGCACAGUUGCUGAAGCAGAUUGAAGCUUAUGAGCAAAAGUAUCCCAUUGGCGGUGAACAUCUUCAGAAAUUCACCGAAUCUCGCAAAGCCCAGCAAGCCAAGGGUCAGCGUAUCAAAUCGCCCUACACUUUGUCGUACAUGCAGCAAGUGAACCUUUGCUUAUGGCGCGGCUUCCGAAGGUUGAUGGCAGAUCCCAGCAUCACCGUCUUCCAAUUGGUCGCAAACUCCAUCAUGGCGCUUAUUAUAUCCUCGGUCUUCUUCAACCUCAAGUCCAAUACGGACAGUUUCUUUUCCCGCGCCGCUCUUCUGUUCUUUGCCAUCCUGAUGAACGCCUUUGGUUCCGCUCUCGAAAUUCUGACUCUGUACGCCCAACGACCAAUUGUUGAGAAACACUCACGCUAUGCCCUCUACCAUCCCUCGGCGGAAGCGUUCGCAUCCAUGUUGACAGACAUGCCGUACAAGAUCCUCAAUGCCAUCACGUUCAACUUGGUACUUUACUUCAUGACGAACUUGAGACGAGAGCCCGGGCCGUACUUCUUCUUCGUUCUUAUAUCGUUCAUGCUCACUCUGGUCAUGUCCAUGUUCUUCCGUUCCAUCGCAUCGCUUUCUCGAUCCUUGGAUCAAGCUCUCGCUCCAGCUGCUAUCCUAAUCCUCGGUCUCGUCAUGUACACUGGUUUCGCCAUCCCUCCCAACUACAUGCUUGGGUGGUCCGAAUGGAUUCGCUACCUCAAUCCUGUCAGCUAUGCAUUCGAGGCGCUCAUGGUCAAUGAGUUCCACAACAGAGACUUUGAAUGUGUCAACUUUGUGCCUUCUGGUCCAGCUUACUCAAACAUUGCUCCCGAAAACCAGGUCUGCUCCACUGUUGGCUCAGUUCCCGGUCAGCCCUUUGUCAGCGGAGACGCCUGGAUCAACAUCUCCUACGACUACUACAACUCACACAAGUGGAGGAAUUUCGGUAUCCUUUGGGUCUUUUUGUUCGGUCUCAUGUUCAUCUACUUGGCAGCCACUGAACUGAUCACAGCCAAGAAGUCCAAGGGCGAGGUGCUCGUCUUCCGACGCGGUCACAAGGCUUUUAAGAACAAGUCGACUGAUGAUCUCGAGUCGGCUCCCGCUGGCCGCAACGUUGGCGCUGCCAUGGACAGUUCUGACAACAUUGCCAUCAUUGAGCGCCAAACCGCAAUUUUUCAAUGGAAAGACGUUUGCUACGAUAUCAAAAUCAAAAACGAAGAGCGCCGUAUUCUGGAUCACGUGGAUGGAUGGGUCAAGCCUGGAACUUUGACUGCCUUGAUGGGUGUCUCCGGAGCCGGUAAGACAACACUGUUGGAUUGCCUCGCUACUCGUACAACUAUGGGUGUGAUCUCGGGAGAGAUGUUGGUCGACGGAAAGCCUCGCGAUGAUUCGUUCCAACGCAAGACUGGUUACGCUCAGCAGCAAGAUUUGCAUCUCUCUACCUCGACAGUACGCGAAGCCUUGACCUUUUCUGCUCUCCUCCGUCAACCCGCACAUGUGUCUCGUGAGGAGAAGGUUGAUUAUGUCGAGGAAGUCAUCAAGCUUCUAGAGAUGUCCGAAUACGCCGAUGCUGUUGUUGGUGUUCCUGGCGAAGGUCUCAACGUUGAGCAGCGAAAACGUCUUACCAUUGGUGUUGAACUGGCUGCUAAGCCUCAGUUGCUUCUCUUCCUCGACGAACCCACCUCUGGUCUGGACUCUCAAACUUCGUGGGCCAUUCUUGAUCUCCUCGACAAGCUCAAGAAGAACGGUCAAGCCAUCCUCUGCACUAUCCACCAGCCGUCUGCCAUGCUCUUCGCUAGAUUUGAUCGUUUACUCUUCUUGAAAUCCGGCGGCAAGACAGUGUACUUCGGCGAAGUCGGCGCGAACUCGCAAAUCCUUAUCGACUACUUCGUUCGUAAUGGAGGUAAACCUUGCCCUCCUGCUGCCAACCCCGCUGAAUGGAUGCUUGAGGUCAUUGGUGCGGCACCUGGCUCACACACUGACAUCGAUUGGCAUGACGCCUGGCGCAACUCUCCUGAAUACGCCGCUGUCCAGGAACACUUGGCCGAAAUGAAAGAGGAGCGAGCUCAUAUGACCGCCCUUGAACGCACUGUUUCCGCUCAAAAGCGCGAGGAUAAGGCUGCUUACCGUGAAUUUGCAGCUCCCUUCGGGGAGCAGCUUCGCGAGGUCACCAUCCGUGUCUAUCAACAGUACUGGAGAACCCCUACCUACAUCUACUCCAAGACCGCACUUUGCACCUUGUCUGGUCUAUUUAUUGGAUUUUCGCUUUACAACACCCCCAACACUCAACAAGGGUUGCAAAACCAGAUGUUCUCCAUCUUCAUGAUGAUGACCAUCUUCGGCCAAUUGGUACAGCAGAUCAUGCCACACUUCGUCACCCAACGCGCUUUGUAUGAAGUCCGUGAGCGCCCCUCCAAAGCCUACUCAUGGGUCGCUUUUAUGAUCGCCAAUAUCGUAGUCGAAUUGCCCUGGAACACGCUUAUGGCUGUCCUCAUCUACUUCACUUGGUACUAUCCUAUUGGUCUGUACAACAAUGCCGGUGAUGAUGUGGCACUUCGAGGUGCUCAGAUGUUCCUCUUCUGCUGGAUGUUCCUGUUGUUUACCUCGACGUUCGCUCACAUGAUCAUCGCCGGUGUUGACACCGCUGAAAACGGAGGAAACAUUGCCAACUUGUGCUUCUCGAUGUGCUUGAUUUUCUGCGGUGUCCUCGCUACCCCUGAACGUCUCCCUGGCUUCUGGAUAUUCAUGUAUCGAGUCUCACCGUUUACAUACAUGAUAUCCGGAAUGCUGUCGACCGGCGUCGCAAAUACGAACGUAGUCUGCGCCGCAUCUGAAUUCCUGCACUUCGAGCCCACGAACGGUACGUCCUGCGAGGAAUACACCAAUCCCUGGAAAACUCUAGCUGGUGGCUACGUCAACAACCCCGGAGCUACCUCCGAUUGCCAAUACUGCGCCUUGGGCGACACAAACGUGUUCCUUGCUGCCGUACACGCUGACUACAAGGAUGUGUGGCGCAACUUCGGCAUUCUCUGGGUGUAUGUCAUCUUUAACAUCUUUGGCGCUCUCUUCUUCUAUUGGCUUGCGCGUGUGCCCAAGGUCAAGAAGGCAAAGACGGGAACUACCAAAGUCGGCGGAACCGUCGGCGCAGUAGAGGAGAAAGUCCUAGAGGACCCGAAGCGUGUGGGAAGCGCCGUCGGUGAGAAACAGGAUGACGCAACGGUUGCCUCCGGCGAAAAGACCGCCAAAGCGUAGAAUGGAAUUUCACAGCUAUCAAGUUUUCUCUACUUCAUACCCACAAGAUAGAACCGACUGUAUCUUGUUCAGUCAUUUCUCUUCCUUUUCCUCUCUUCAAAACCUCCUCCUGGAACGCAUUACUUCCAAAUGUCCGCAUUCAGCACCAUUUCUCUUUCCUUUCUCCUAGACGCACGUUUCCCUGUUUUCUCUCCCAUAUUCUGCAUAGAAGCUCCAACGAGCGGGACCUUCUCUAUUGUCAUUUCCCAUAUCUUGUCGCUUUCACACCAUUAUCGUCUUAAUUGUAUCUAUUGCCAUUUCCCCCGUUUCCCAGCUCCCCAAUCUGUAAGAGUGUUC